GAGAAACGAUGGCGACGAUCUGGAUUGAUGCAUCUCACAGGACUUUUCCAUGACAUUUGGGGAUACUUAAUAGGGGGAUAUGAUAAAUCCCAGAGCUUUACGGCCCUCAUAUUCCAACAUCGUCUCUAUCAGUUGCUUUUUUGGAGCUCUUUUAGCUAGACAUAAUGGAGAACUUGCGACAAGAGUCAUUUAAGAAGCUUCGCGCUCCAUGUGUCGAGCUCAGCUCCGUUGGUCUAGCGUUUCGUGGUAAUCAAUCAACUUCUACCGAUGUCGUCCGAGCCCUCGAGCCUGUAUACAACAUUCUCAGCGAACUAGGCGAUAAGGAAGCGUUGGACUCAAAGCUCGCCGAAUACGCAUUCUUUCCUCUAUCACAUAUUUUCAACGAAACCCAGAGAGUCUCUGCACGUUGUCUGGAGCUGGCCGUGAACUGCUUGAGGGUUCUUGUUGGAAAAGGAUGGCGGAAAAACCUGUCUCCACAGAUGGGCAAGCAACUUAUAAUUCUUCUGACGUUGAUUGUCGGUGGUGCACCCAGUAAGAUCAAUGGCAAUAAACCUGCAAAGCCUGAAUCAGAGGAGCUGGCUAUUGCAGGCUUCAAUUGUCUCUCGACUAUCUUUAGCGCCCUGGAAGGGCCUGUGGCGGAACAAACAAUAUUUCACGAAAUUGGCACAGCAACGGUUGUUGAUCAAACCGUUUAUAUAUUGCUGGAAGGAAUCGCUGAUGAAAGAUCCGAUGAUCUAUGUUUGGCUGCUGCAAAGGCUCUCCAAGCCCUAUAUCUUCGCGUUACUGACCGGGUAGUGCUGGCCAGUAUCAUGCCGCGAACUGUGUCUGCUUUGGCACGGGUACUGAAACCAACGACCCAGAUACGCCGUUCCUAUCGCUUGUUUGAUAUAUGUCUCCAAGUGCUCAGUAGAUUACUCAAGACAGUUCUCAAUGACCAGGUCGCGAGCGUCAUACCAGAAAAGCAAAGCCAGCCUCAAAAAGCCAAUGAUCGACUAGUGCUUGAUGAAUCUUGGCUCAAAGCUACGGCUACUCAAAUGAAACUCGCGCUUGCUAAUAUUAUAAAGAUUAGACGCCAUGAACGUUCCGAGGUGCAAGUCGCACUUCUUAACCUUUGUCUGGUUGUCAUCGAGGACUGCCAAACUACAUUGGCGGAAUCGGUGCCCAUGAUGGUUGAAACAGUUGUCGCACUGUCUGACUUUGAAGAUGACCAGGUUCCAAAUAAUGCAUUUACAACGCUGAAGCAUCUUGCCACUACUUACUUGGUGGUGCUGGAUUCUCUAAAAGACUCUCUUCAUACUUGGACUACAUCGUUCCCGAGGGCAAUGCAAGGCAAUGACGAAACCGCCAAACAAUGGGGCAUUAAGCAGAUAUCUACCGUAUUCCAAGUUCUGUCCCAAGUUCAGUCUGGGUCUGAUAUUCUUACGACAAGCUUGGCAUCCGGGUUGUGUGAUAGUGUCGCUACUGCAGUCAGCCGUUCAGACAAUGCUCCCCAACCUUUAAGCUCCGACUUGUCCAAUGAUCUAAGUCUGGAAGUACUGGGCCAGGGUGUUGAAUUAACAUCAUUCCCGCCAGUAUUGCUCGGACAUCGGAGUCAGCAUCAAACACUUCAAGAUCUCCAGUCCAUGAUAAUCAGGCUUAAUAUAUCUGAGUCCGGAAGUGAGAUCACACGCUCUGUUAUAAACCGAGUGCAUAAUACGUCUGGUGAUUCCAUAAUUGCGCCUUUCUGGUUGGUUUUGACCUUCCUCAAGAAUACUUCGCAACUCAUAUCUAGCUUUGAUGAUUUCAUAUCCUCUGACCAUGUCGAACUUUCAAUUUCAUCCCCCACUAGGGCGAGCAUGGUCGAAGAAUUAUAUUAUAUAUCGUUACCGGCACUAAGUGAACCAGUUUUUGACGGUUCCCGAGAUUGGCGUGUUCUAGCACUUGCUUUGGAAGCGGUUGCACUGCAAGCACAGCAGCUUGGCGAAGCAUUUCGACCGGAGCUCAUGGAUGCUUUAUACCCUGUUCUCCAACUUCUAGCAUCCAACAAUCCGGGUCUUCAGAAGCAUGCCAUGACCUGUCUCAACAUACUUACAUCAGCUUGCAAUUAUCCAGAUACUAGCACGCUGAUUGUUGACAAUGUCGACUACCUUGUCAACUCAGUGGCUUUGAAGCUUAACACCUUUGAUGUCUCGCCCUAUCCCCCUCAGGUCCUAUUUAUGAUGGUUAAGUUGUGCGGUGCCAGGUUGAUUCCGUAUUUGGAUGAUUUGGUGGGCUCUAUAUUUGGAAUCCUAGAUCUAUAUCACGGAUACCCGAAGCUUGUUGAGGUGAUCUUCAAGACUCUGGCCGCGAUAGUCGAGGAAGGGACAAAGAAACCGGCAUCGCUGGCAAUCACGGAUGGUCAAGAGAAAAACCUUGUUGAUCAUCGCAAAAGACAAUACAAGAGCUUGCGUAUUCCCACACUCGCAGAGGACUUUGCAUCCCGGAAAGCCAAACGUGCCAAGUAUGCCCAGGAGGCAGAAGAUAUGGAUGAAAGACUUGCACAUCCCAAACAGCCAUGGGUUACGGAGUCUCAGAAAGACAACGUUCCUGAUAUUGAGGAUCUGGCCGGUGAAGGACAAUCAGAAGAGCCAUUGCCACCACCACGUGAACCCGAAGAUGGCGAAAAGCCCCUGAGUAAAUCGCACUCACUUCUAUUACAUAUUGUCAACUCUAUCCCAUCGCACCUGACCUCACCUUCUCCACACCUCCGUCGCUCCCUGCUCUCUAUCCUGAUUCAAGUCCUUCCCGUUCUUGCACAAAAUGAAAACAGCUUUCUUCCACUUAUCAACGAUCUCUGGCCGUCUAUCAUAUCCAGAAUAGUUUUUCCAUCUUCGUUUGGAUCUGAGUCAUCUUCGAAAGCUCUCAUGACAAGUGAUGCAUCUACCACCUCUGACGACCGACCUACAACCGGUGGUGGUGAGUUCGAAUUAAAAGAAGAAAUAUACGUUAUUACGUCCGCCUGCAAGACCGUGGAGAUAAUGUGCCAACAUGCUGGAGACUUCAUGGCAUCCCGCAUCGAAAGCGAGUUUCCUCGCUGGGAACGUCUCUACCGCCGCUCUUGGGAGAAAGUACGUCAAGACGCAGAAAAGGCGAUCGAGAGACGAGCUCAACAGCAACGGAAAACCAAUUCCACUAGCGAUAAUAAUCUCGAGUCGUCUCGAAACGGGUUCGACAUGUUACUUUCCCUUGGUCUGUCGCAGACCAUGUCGUUGACAACAGCUGGGGCUGCCUCGGGUGCUCGCGCAUUCACCCCCCACCACAGUCUUUGGCGGGCCUUGGGCUCGUUGUUCAUUACCCUCCUCACGCACGUUCGUCUCCCCUUGUCUGUAGGAGACCAGAUUUGCGAAUUCCUCGGUGCGUGGAUUGCACGCUUUGCCGGGCCAGGUUACUAUCUCGUGUCUCAUCUACAAGCUACUCGCAGAGAAGCAGGAACAGAGGAACCUCCUAGAGAUCUCGAAAACCAACAAGCAGAUAUCCGGCCUGUUGAAGAGGCCAUCCGAGCUAUGGAGGCUUGGAACGCCGAUCUGACCUGGUUCAUUUUCCAGCAACAGAAGACACAGGUAUUUGGUAUCAUGAGCAAAGACAAAGUAGGGCAUGCAUCUGGAAUGAGGGUCCCACACCAAGACUCGAAACGCUGGAGCUUCCUUGGAGGUCGGUUAAUGUUUGCAGAAAUGGCAUUUUAGAUGGCCCCUUCAAGGGCGUAUAUAAAUUGGCGUACAUAGCCGAAUAUAAUGAUUGAUGUUUUUGAAUAGACAGUGAUACUGCUUUCUGGCGUGUCG